GGUAAAGCGAAGCUACAGGGAGCAACGUAUCCGAGAGAGUAGUUGUUUUCAAGCCAAACGCGGGUUUAUUUCUCGAUAAAUCUGCUUGGAAGUAGAUGAAAACACACUGGGAACUAAAAUACGUUUGUUUUUUUUAAAUGGUUGGACGCCUCGACAAUUGGUUCGACCGCAGCAUCGAGUCAAGUGGGGACUCUUCAACGCAAUUAACUUGUGUGGAUUUCCGUUGACCUUACCGAGAGCACUUCUUUGUGGUCAUCGGGCUUGAAUUUCUCCUUGUUGGCUAGUUUUCUCGUAUAUCUUCUUGGGAAUAUAUCGGAUUGUACACAAUAAACAACACCACGGUCGCUGGAGAGUGGUUGUGCUGGGGAGGCUUUUCAUUCUUCACCUGGUUCCUACUACUACCCUCCUCCUCCGCUUCUCCUCUCGCCCCCAGCUAAUGAGCCGUUUCCCGUGUUUUUCCGGUUGAUUUACGACUACCGCCACUACCGCUGGAGCAACACGAAGCGGGAGUGGAGCAAAGGGGGUGCACAAUUCACAUUAAUCGCUCGUUAAACUCGGACGGAGCAUCGGGGCGGUCAGUUUGGGUUGGAAUUAACGAGGGGAAGCUAGCGUGGACCAUAACGGCGGAUGGAUACUUCCCGGUGGUCCUCCUCUUCUUGAGUGUCCCGUAUUCCCCAUUGCGCGUUGUUUUUCUGUCCUAAAGGAGAGUAGUUCAUCCUCCGCUGCUGAUAACCAUGUUCCCCCAGGGGCGCCACCCGACUCCCCACCAGGCCCCAGGGCAGCCCUUCAAAUUCACCAUCCCAGAAUCAUUGGACCGCAUCAAGGAGGAAUUCCAGUUUCUACAAGCUCAGUACCACAGUUUGAAGCUGGAAUGUGAGAAACUAGCCAGUGAGAAAACAGAGAUGCAGCGGCACUAUGUGAUGUACUAUGAGAUGUCCUACGGCCUAAACAUCGAGAUGCAUAAACAGACUGAGAUCGCCAAGAGACUCAACACCAUCUGUGCACAAGUCAUUCCCUUCCUAUCACAGGAGCACCAGCAGCAGGUGGUCCAGGCCGUGGAGAGGGCCAAACAGGUGACAAUGGCUGAGCUCAACGCUGUGAUUGGGGUACGAGGACUGCCAGGCCUCCCUCCAACACAGCACCUGUCCCAUACCCAUGGAGGAGCCCCUGUUCCCCUGACGCCUCACCCUGCAGGCCUGCACCCCUCUCAGCUCAGCGGCUCUGCUGGGCUCCUGGCUCUGUCUGGGGCCCUUGGAGCGGUCCCUCCCCAUCUCACGGGCAAGGACAGCGGGGAUAAGAAGCCCCCUCACCUGGGCGGGCCCGACUCUCAUCCUGGAGGACCGGAGCAUUUAAGAGACCGAGAACCUGGCACAAGCAACUCGAUGCUUCCUGAAAGUUUACGAAACUCAGACAAGAGACGAAAUGGACCAGAGUUUCCCAAUGACACAAAGAAACGAAAGGUGGACGACAAAGACUCAAGUCACUACGAUAGUGAUGGUGAGAAAAGUGACGAUAACUUGGUAGUAGAUGUUUCGAAUGAGGACCCCGCCUCUCCUCGUGGUACGCCCCUCCCCUCCCCGAGAGAGAACGGUUUAGAUAAAGCCCGAAUACUGAAGAAGGACCCCUGUAGUCCCGCCUCCACCGCAUCAUCAGCGAGCUCCUCCUCACUGAAGUCCAAAGAGAUGGCCAUGCGAGACAAGGCAGGGACACCAGGGCUGAAGUCCAGCACACCCACUCCCAGAGGCGACUCCACCCCAGGACCAAGCUCCACUCCUGGGAUCAGACCAAGUCUUACCAAACCCUCUUCCAUGGAGCUCCCACAUCCUCCUGGUGCUGGUUUGAGGACCCCCCUGGCUGUACCUGGUCCGUACCCCGGUGCCUUUGGGAUGUUGCCUCAUGGGGCUGGGAUGAACGGGGAGCUGGCCGGAGCUGCUGGAGCUGCAGCAUAUGCGGCCGGACUCCACAACAUGUCUCCCCAGAUGAGUGCGGCUGCUGCGGCUGCUGUGGCUGCCUAUGGACGGUCCCCCAUGGUCGGCUUUGAUCCACAUCCACACAUGAGGGUCCCAGGGAUGCCACCUACUCUGACAGGGAUCCCCGGAGGAAAACCUGCAUAUUCCUUCCACGUGGCGGCAGAUGGUCAGAUGCAGCCGGUGCCCUUUCCUCCGGAUGCGCUGGUAGGCCCGGGCAUCCCUCGCCAUGCUCGUCAAAUCAACACGCUCAACCACGGGGAGGUGGUGUGCGCGGUGACCAUCAGUAACCCCACCAGACACGUGUACACAGGAGGGAAGGGCUGCGUCAAAGUGUGGGACAUCAGUCACCCUGGCAACAAGAGCCCUGUGUCCCAGCUAGACUGUCUGAAUCGUGAUAACUACAUCCGCUCAUGUCGUCUGCUCCCCGAUGGCCGGACGCUGAUCGUUGGAGGCGAAGCGAGCACGUUGUCCAUCUGGGACCUGGCCACGCCCACUCCUCGGAUAAAGGCGGAGCUUACCUCAUCAGCACCGGCGUGUUAUGCAUUAGCAAUUAGCCCCGACUCCAAAGUGUGCUUUUCCUGCUGCAGUGACGGUAACAUCGCUGUGUGGGACCUGCACAACCAGACGCUAGUCAGACAGUUCCAGGGCCACACAGACGGCGCGAGCUGCAUUGACAUCUCUAAUGACGGCACCAAACUGUGGACUGGAGGUUUGGACAACACUGUGCGCUCCUGGGACCUGAGGGAGGGACGGCAGCUGCAGCAGCACGACUUCACCUCACAGAUCUUCUCGCUGGGCUACUGUCCCACAGGGGAGUGGUUGGCCGUGGGGAUGGAGAGCAGCAACGUGGAGGUUCUGCACGUCACAAAACCAGACAAAUACCAGCUGCACCUGCACGAGAGCUGCGUGCUGUCCCUGCAGUUCGCCUAUUGUGGUAAAUGGUUUGUGAGCACAGGAAAAGACAACCUACUGAACGCAUGGAGGACACCCUACGGCGCCAGCAUAUUCCAGUCUAAGGAGUCCUCGUCUGUGCUGAGUUGUGACAUUUCUGUAGACGAUAAAUACAUUGUCACCGGGUCAGGAGACAAGAAGGCCACUGUCUAUGAGGUCAUAUAUUAGAAACAGACCUGCCUUUGUGUGGAAGCUACGACCAGUUUCGUCUAAACGGAAGGACAACUGUUCAGUCCUCUACCAGUGUCUUUGUGAGAGCAACUUUUAUCACCUCGGCCGCAGUCUUUGUAAGGGGAACUGCUAAAUGCCAUCUCCGCCAUGUUUGUGAGGGCAAUUUCUAAUGCCACUUCCGCCAUCUUUGGGAGGGCAACUGCUAACGCCACUUCUGCCAUUUUUGGGAGGGCAACUGAAAGAAGCAAAUCUGCCAUUUCUGUAAGGGCAACUUCUAAUGCCUCAUCCUCCAUGUUUGUAAGGGCAACUGCUACUCAAGCUACUAUAUAGAGGGCAACUGCUCAACCUCCACUGUCAUCUGCGAGGAUAACUCCAUAAACCACUUCCGCCACGUUUGUAAGGGCAACUGCUAAUGCCACUUCUGCCAUCUUUGGGAGGUCAACUGCUCAAGCAUCGUCCACCAUCUUCGGGAGGUCAACUGCUAAGUCCUCGUCCACCAUCUUUGUAAGGGCAACUGCUCAAGCAUCUUUGGAAGGUCAACUACAAAUUCCUUAUCCAUCUUUGUAAGGGCAACUGCAGCUCCAGCCACUAUAGAUGGGACCAUUUAACACAUAGGCACAUACCGAAUAUUUGGGAAGAGGAAACCAGAGAUUCUUGAAUUCUUUUAGACUAAGAGUAAUAUUGACAAUGAUGAACCAAUCUGCUUUGAUAUAGAGCUCUCAAGAACUAUUUGAAUGGACAGAAACGCAGAUAUUUUGUCGGCCAUGUUGGAAAGGACAAUUUGCAGAGACUGCUUUUGUGGACUGCCUUUUUGACCCUAGAACCUCAGCUUGCCAUUGUAAAACGUGUUGCAUCUAUGUUUAUUAUGUCCUAUUGAACUGCGUCGUGUUCAGAAUGUGAUGAUAAACGUGGUACAAAGAAAGACCGUAGCUUUCAGAACCGUGAAAAGCUACUAGUCUGUACAAUAGCGUUGAACACUCUCUUAUCAGGUUUAUUGUCUUAAAUUCCUGCUUAUAGAAAUGGCAAAGAUAUAGACACAAUUUAUGAGAAACUUAACAAGAAUAAAUAUGUCAUAAGAUUAAAUAAUAAUACAAUUGUGAGUUUAGGUUAAUUUAAAUGGUACCAAGCCUUGCCUAUGUUUCCCACACAAUGUCUUACUACAUGGGACCAACUACUGACCCUUUAAAAUGCUUGUUAUCAGGAUGUUCAAAAUUCAAAAUUGGAAGCAAAAGUGAAGUACCAUAAUUUUCAUAUUUUCAGUUAUGUUGACACAAAAUAAAUAAUUUUCUGGUGUUGAAAUGUCAGUUGGUUUUCUUUUAUGAAUGUUAGAACUACUUUUUUCUGGCUUCUAAAGUACGAAAUAUGUGAAAUUUGUGGUUCAGGAUGUGAUGGGGCUGGGCAAAACCACUCAAACAUAUGCUUUUUUUUUCUUGUAUUUAUCAAUUUUUAUCACAUUUUUUUCUUAUUAAAGAUGAAUAAAUGGAGGUGCUUCGAUCGAUUGGCGGAACAAGGGAAAGUAACAUGAUUGUGACUGGCAAAAAGGGACAAACACACACGGGUAAUUGGACAGCCAGAGGCACAUUGUCUUAAAACAAUUCAAAUUUUAUACGAUCAAAGUUUGCAUCAAAGUCCAUGUGAUUCGUAUCGGCCAAUAAAAAAAAAUCAAUAUACCGGUGAUCAGCCUCAAAGAUCGGAGCACUUCUAGUAAAAUGACAUUAAUUGGGGGACAAUAUAUACUUCUAAUCACUGGAACACUUGUGCCUAUAUUCUGGAGUUUAAAAUCAGCCCUGUGUAAUUAAUUUAAAUUAUCACCUACUGCUCCAAUCAGUUACCAAAAAAUCUGUUGUAAUCUAUACCUGAAGAAAAAAAUGAAUGAAUCAGAAUAUUAUAAGUACAUUUUCAGUCUAUACUCCACAAUUAUGACCUAAAUUAUGAUCGUUGUGCAUCAUUACAACACUUUUGAAUGUAUUCUGUUGACAAACUUUUAAAGGGUCACAACUUCUGCGAUAAAUGUCUUUAAAUCGUAGUUGGCUUAAAGGCGCUGUACCUGAUUUUUACUAUUUUUACUGUAUUAAAAAAAAAAGAAAAACAGAGCUAGUUCAUUUUAAACGGUUUGCAGUGGUCCAAAGUUAUUUCUCACUUACCUUAUGCAUUUAGAGCAUCCUAAUUAUUCACCAUGAUGAGUUUAUAAGUGCUUUUCACAACUUUCAGAGGCUGCAGCGGUAAUGCAACAACUAGCAUGCUAACCACAUACUUAAAACAUGUUAUAAUUCGGUGCAGACAGUACACAGAUGACUUAUUUUAGCCUUAUACAAUAUAUCUGUACUGGAGCAAGACACAUUUUGCCAAAAACAUGGGAAAAAUCAGUUACAGGUCCUUUAACUUGCAUCUUAUAAUAGAAACUGGCUUCAUAAAAAUCUUUUGCUGGUCUGGUGUUUUCAGAGGGGGAGGCUGAUAAAGUGUCUACGUUUUGCUAUUGUUUUGUGUUGGAUGUAAAAAUGUAAAUAUAAUUCUUUUGUUUCGUUUAUUAUUUUUUUUCUUACAGGAAUUGCUUUAGAGAUCCAGGUUUUGUACGUCUUUUACAUGAACAAAUCAGGAGAACUACUAAAUGGUCUUAAUGCUAGCUAAUCAAAUGAUUGAAAUGUCUAGACAAUAAAUGUGUUUUUGUAAA